AUGAGGUCCGAGGCUGGUGUAUUGCUGAAUCAAAGGAAAUAUGUCUUAGAAUUGAUCUCAGAGAUAGGACUAAGUGGAUCAAAAACUGCAGUUGCACCUCUGGAGACAAACAAGAGGCUCACAACUGUAGAAUAUGAUGAAAAAAUGAAGACAGAGAAUGAUAAACCACUGCAGAUGUACGUGCUUAUGAGAUGCCCAAAACUUUCACACUGGGAGGCUGCUGCUAGAGUAAUGCGAUACUUGAAGGGAGCACCAGGGCAGGGCAUUCUUUUGAGAUCAAGACCAGCUCGAGAACUGACUUGUUGGUGUGACUCCGACUGGGCAGCAUGUCUGAAUACUAGAAGACUGCCUCGAGGAGUUCCGCAGAAGCUGAAUAUAGGAGCAUGGCGUCUGGUGUGGCAGAAACCACUUGGUUGCUGGGCGACUGACAUGGAAGACUGGAUGGAUUUCCCACCAGGCUGGUGUGUUCAGCUGGUAGCGGCUCUAAGAGUCCCGCUUGCGCUGAGUGAUCUGACUUGUCCUUUUGGAAUGCUUGACAAGUCUUCAUACAAAGAGGGGCACCAUGAGUUGUUGGACGCUGAUGAUCUGAUGUUUGAUUGA